GUUUUAUUCGAAAACAGACGAAGUAAUACGUUAGUUACAAUUCAUAAGGCCAUUAAAGUGUUUGUUUUUCUCAAAAUGAAACUUAACUUGAUUGUUGCGACGGCUUCUAAUAUGGGAAUUGGUUUUCAAGGAACUAUUCCCUGGCGAUUGAAAAAGGACAUGGCGUUAUUUGCAAAGUUGACUAAGAAUACUAACGAUACGAACAAACAAAAUGCCGUUGUCAUGGGGAGAAAAACAUGGGAAUCAAUCCCUGAAAAAAAUCGCCCUCUUUCCAACAGACUCAACAUCGUUUUGUCCUCAUCACAACAAAUUGAAAACACCUUAACAUGUAAAAGCUUAGAAACAGCAAUGCAGCUUCUUCAGACUCCACCUUAUCUUGAUCAAAUUGAAAAUAUCUGGAUAAUUGGAGGAGCUUCAGUGUACAAAGAGGCAAUGGAACAUUCUUCUUGUCACCGUAUUUAUGUCACCCACAUACUGAAAGACUUCGAGUGUGAUGUAUUUAUGCCAGCGAUCGAUCCAGCAAAAUUUAGCUUAGUGGGAGACUCCAAGGUGCCAGAAGGUACUGAAGAAGAAAACGGAAUUUCUUUCAACGUCAAAGUUUAUGAAAAGGUUUAAAUUGUCAUUAAAAAGUUGUAACUGUUGAUUCCAGUUUCAAAAAUUCGCCAUUCCUAUGCUUAGUUGUCAACUUGGGAGUAGUGGCUAAAAUAAAAUAAAAAUAAAAUAUC